AUGAAAGAAAAAAACAGAAAUAUGGUUGCCAUUUCAUUAUACAGAGGGAAUCUUCACCGAACACCAGAUGCGCCUCGUCGAUGGCUAAUGCCAAACCCUAAAAUCUCUCUCAAAGAUUUCAAAUCCCUUUUAGCUCGUCGUUCAAAGGCACUCUCUCGUUCUCAACCCAACCCUAACCCUAACCCUAACCUUCCAUCCACCACCACAAACCAUAAACAACUUCAACUUUCUAAUCAACCGCCGGAACUCGUUGAUUCCAACAAACUGCUUCAUGGAUCCGAUUUUGAGAUUGGUGCUUUCGACAAACCAUCUCACGCUGCUGCAACUUCCAUCCAAAAACAUAUCCACCCUGUUAUUGGGAAUGUGGAUCUGCAUAAUGAUAAAGACAAAAGGAAAAAAGAAGUCGAGGACAAGUUACAAGUUUUGAAUGCCAAGAAACAUAGUCUGGUGUUAGUUUUGAAGCAGAUUUUAAAUGCAGAGGAGGAUUUGAAGAGACGGAAUAGUUUGCAACAUCAAGGGGUUCUGAUGCGUGGCCCUUCUGUUCCGCCUAAACCUGAUGGGAGCAAUGAUACUGGUUCAGUGACCAGGUAUUUGGCUCUCAGGUUGGGCUCUGAGGGAAAUCUUGGUGACCUGGAUGGUGUUGAAGCGGAUGAUUUUAAUAAUCAUAAUAUUCAGCAUUCUCAACUUGUUCUUCGGACCAGUAGCAUGUCCCCUUUAUCAGAAUCCCCUCUUAGGAGGACUCCUAGUCUACAACAGAACAUGGUUUCAAACCCUGCUCGGGCAAGUUUCGCAUCUGCUGGUAGUCCAUCAUGCUUUGCUCACUCAGGACAGCAGGGGAAUCCACCAAACCUACCUUCCGCGUCUGUGUCAGGAACUAGUUACAUUGCAUCAUCCCCUUCUCCAGCCGCAUCUGGAGGUACUUCUGUUUAUAGAGAUGCCCAGCACCCAAGUCCAUGGAAAUAG